UGUGGCUCGGCGCUCAGGACUAAUACAGAGUGAAGGGGACGGCGUCAAGCCAUGAACUUAAACUUCUUUUCAUCCGUCGGUUGAGGUGUGUGUACACAGUGGUGAUUUGGUGUGCCAGCAAUGCCUGUGACAUCUCAGCUGCUUAGGGGUUUACCCCGUGCCAAGCUUUUUGCUUCCAGUCUGUUACCAUGCCAACAUCACCAGUCCCAGUUGGGUCCAAUUGGUCACCACCAUGCUUCAAGACAACCGUCCCAGAAGUGGCAGACACACAAGCUGUCAAGAUGCUACCAGACAUCCUCAGUUCUCCACAGUUACAUCCUUACGCCCCCUCAGGUCAACUCCAUUCUCAAAGCCAACGAGUACAGCUUCAAGGUGCCAGAGUUUGAUGGGAAAAAUGUGUCAUCAGUAAUGAGCUUUGAUAGCAAUCAGCUCCCUGCCAAUGCUCCUAUCGAAGAUCGUCGGAGCGCAGCUACAUGCUUGCAGACACGAGGAAUGCUGCUGGGUGUAUUUGAUGGCCAUGCAGGCUGUGCCUGUGCUCAGGCACUGAGUGAGAGGUUGUUCUACUACAUAGCAGUUUCUCUGCUUCCCCAUGACACCCUGUGUGAGCUUGAGGCAUCAGUGGAGUCUGGGAGGGCCCUCAGUCCCAUCCUCCAGUGGCACAAACACCCCAAUGACUACUUCAGCCGGGAGGCUCAACGCCUCUACUUUAACAGUCUCCGAACAUACUGGCAGGAAUUAAUAGACUUAACCAGCCCAGGCGAGGUUCCAGACACCCGCGAGGCUUUGCUAAAUGCUUUUAAGAGGCUGGACAAUGACAUUUCCCUGGAAGCUCAGGUUGGAGAUGCAAACUCUUUUCUGCACUACUGGGUUCUGCGAGUGGCCUUUUCUGGAGCAACAGCCUGUGUGGCUCACAUCGAUGGGCCAGACCUCUUUAUAGCCAAUGCAGGAGAUGCUCGGGCAGUUUUGGGGGUGCAGGAGGAGGAUGGUUCGUUCAGCGCUCACACUCUGUCUAAUGACCACAGUGCCCAAAAUGACAAUGAGGUUUCUCGGAUACGGAGCGAGCAUCCUCCGUCCGAAAGGAAGACAGUUAUACGUCAGGAUCGGUUGCUCGGCCUGCUGAUGCCAUUCCGUGCUUUUGGAGAUGUGAAGUUUAAGUGGAGCAUCGAGCUGCAGAAGCGUGUGCUGGAGUCUGGACCUGAUCAGCUCCAUGAAAACGAGCACACAAAGUUCAUCCCUCCCAACUACCACACACCACCCUAUCUGACCGCGGAGCCUGAGAUCACGUACCACAAACUGCGGCCACAGGAUCGAUUCUUGGUAAUCGGCUCUGACGGCCUCUGGGAGACCCUCCACAGGCAGGAAGUGGUUCGGAUUGUUGGCGAAUAUAUUGCAGGGGUGCAUCAGCGUCAGCCACUCAAAGUUGGAGGCUACAAAGUCACUUUGGGUCAAAUGCAGGGCCUACUUGAAGAGAGAAAGGCUCGCAUGUCUUCAGCAUUUGAAGAUCAGAACUCAGCGACACACCUCAUGCGUCAUGCCGUGGGAAACAAUGAGUUUGGCACGGUUGACCACGAGAGGCUGUCUAAAAUGCUGUCGCUACCUGAGGAGCUGGCUCGCAUGUAUCGAGAUGACAUCACCAUCAUCGUCACUCAGUUCAACCCUCAUGUGAUUGGCGCACAGAGACAAGAACAUCAAUCCUGAGCCGUUCACAGCUGUUGCACUGACAUACACUCACACACACUUUUACAACUGUGUGCUGAAGCGCAUAAGGAGGACAAACCGGCCACAAGAUAUAUCUGUCCUGCAGUUUUAAACCUAUUUAUGUAAAGAACGUGUAUGUUUGUAUGAAGUGCUACACAAAGUCUGUUUUUUAUGAGGUUAUAAACUGGAUCUGACUCUUAAGCAAAAUUCUAUUUAUGCAGCCAGGUUUGCCCGGCACCUGUUUUCAUACUCACCUGUCUGUUUUGUCAAUACAACGCUAUUGCAGACUCAUUUCUGUGCCAAAACACGUUCAGCCAUGUCUUCUACUGAAAGACUCAGCAGGGUUGAAAUCACAGUCAUCUCCAAAGAGAAUGACAACGCAACUUAUCAAGUAAAUAGGCCUUGCUUGUCUUACUGAGGAUUGUAACUGGGUUUCAUUCUCUCUGCCUCUGUUGGUAUCAUUUGUAUCCAUAUAUACACUUUGUAGAUCACUUCUGAGGGACUGUUACAGUUAUUUAUCUUUUUCUUUGUGUCAUUGAGAUGUUCUUAUUCAAUGUAGAAUAGUUAAUCCUGUAUUGACAUGAUGUCUGUGUGCUCCAGCACGCUGGAAUGAAUGAAAACAUGAUUAUUAGAUUUAAUUGCAUUUUUAAAGUUUAAUGUUUUAAUUUGAAUAGGAGUCCUCUAAAGUAGAUAAUGUGAAUAUUUUGUGGCACCAGAAAUGAGUUGUAAGAUAAAUCUGAUGGGUCAUGAGUAUACAAAAGUCAAUAGAAAGAUAAUUCUGUUACACAAAAAUACGUGCAAGAGAUGAAAUGUUGUUUCAGCAUGUAAUAGGUUAACAUUAGAGGUCACAAGCCAGAAAGCUUGAGAAUUGCUGAAUUACUGAUUGUUUUCAUCUUAAAUCCAGCGCACUGUAGCAUAAAACAGAGACCCUAAAGACAGGUGUACUGUAUGUUGUCAAAAAAAGACAUGACAUCAGUUGAUUACUGUGCUUCUUCACGGGAAGAAGUGCCAGUGAUCUAAGAUGUAACACCAUUUUGGCUGAAUGGCAGUCUGUUAAUGAGCCUUUAAGCAGACGCACCCACUGAACAGCACAGCUUCUUUUCUAAACAAUGUGGGGUUAAAAGAGGCACACUUGUUUUUCUGACAGGUCAUUUAGCGGUGUGGUUGACAGUUUGUUUUGGCUUUGCAUUAUGUUAUUAUUCACACCAGUGGUAAAGCAGAACUCCUGAUACUCUCCAGUUACUCAUCAAUCACAGACUCAUGGCUGCUUGUUAAAGUAUAUUAAAGUCCCACUGAAUGAGCAGAGCAUCUGAAGGAGGUGGUUUUAACAUCAAAUAUUUAUUUAUAUUUAGCUGUAUGCUACACAUCUUCCCUGUAUGUAUAAAAUGUAACUGAAGUGGGUUAAGUUUUGUAUAUGGAAUAAAACAAUGAACACAC